UCCUUCGUCGUUCUUAUUUUUGGAUAUUGUAGCUUCUUAUUCUUCUUUUCCCCCUCCUCUCCUCUGUGUAACCAGCGAGAAAGCGUCAAAGUUACACAAGCUUUAUUUUUAUUUUUGCUUUUUUUUUCUCUCCCUCUUCCCGUCGUGGCGCCCGCCGUGCGCUCGUGGGCGGAACUGGGGGCGCCCAACGUAAAGAGACAGAGACUCGGGAACGACGCCGUGCGACCAUGCUCGUCGGGGAAGACAAGAGACGACGCCGACGACGACAGAGGAUCACAUGGGGGAGUCGGGUAG